ACAUUUUUGUUAGGCACAUGAAAAUAAUCCUGGAAAGGUGAGAAUUGUCAUACAAUUUAGCAGGACAUCCUAACUGAGUUAACGGAAAGUUGUCCAACAACUCAAUUCUCUAUCAAUAAGUAUUUGUUAUGUGGAAAACGUGGAACCCAGAUCCACUGGCUUCGCAGCCUGCACCAGUGGAUUGGGCGGCUAAAGCAGCAGCAUGGGCCCAAGAACAAGCGACCAAACCACCUCCGCCUCCUCCACCGCCCCCUCCUCAACAGUUUCAAGAUAUUGUGGAAAAUGAAACUGAAAUGGAGGAUGCCAUGCCCAAUGAUGUUUCCCAAUCAAACGAAUGGUCGGCAGUAACAGACCCUGCUUUGGAAGUUCAAUAUAAUAGUAACUCCUGGAAUGGUGGCGGUGAACAAUAUCCUGGUUUCUACGGAGAGGGGUACAAUGGUUUCCAGACGGAAGGUGGCGCAGCAGCGUACAGCGAGCAGUACUUUGGGGCAGCAAGCGGUGGCGGCGCGGUAGGUCCAGCUGGUGGCGGUGGUGAGUCGUACGAGCAAGGUUUCUCAGAUGAGUAUUCACAAGGUUAUCCUCCUAAUACCCAGGUCCCUUUCACCAAACAUUCCGAAGAAAGAGGUCUGCCGCCGCCUCCUACACACACCCUUCCGAUAAGUAGAGGUUUUCAAGAGAGAUUGCCGCCCCCUGCAAUACAACAGGAGAUGCAGAUGGGAAUUGCCGAGCCUGCGAGACGAAAAGCACUUCCUGCUUGGAUACGCGAUGGUCUAAGUAAAAUUGACAAGGGUAAAGUUGAUAACACCGAGUUGACGAGACGACCUAAAGCUACCGACGUGACAGGAUUUGAUGCGAUGAUUAACAGAGGGAGUACAGCUGCUAUACAGAGAAACAAAAUCAGUGGUUACAGUGUCCUUGCUGACUCUGAUGCUAGCUCAGCUGACGAAAAGGAAGUUGAAUCAGAAGAUGAGCCAGAUGAAAUAAAACCUAAAAUGGAUCCUGUGCUGUUUGUGAAACGUUCUCUGACUGAGAUACUGCUGGAGGUGACCAACUCUGAACUUAAGGCGAUUGUUAUGGAGUGCAUUCAGCAGCAGCAAGCUAUUAGGCAACUGGAUGAAUUGUGCAAGAGUAAAGUAAAAAAUGGAUCUAAUGGAAUAGAUCUAGUGUCAUACAAAAACCAGUCAAGCUCGGACUCUGACAGUUCGUCUGAUAGUUCCAGCUCGGACAGCAAUGAUCGGCAGAAGAAGUUGUCCGCUAGUUCGCCUCCCGUCCCUCUUACUCCUAUCAGUUUAAAGUUAGACUCCAACAAGGAAAACUCUUCGGCAAAACGUAGACAAUCAAAAUCAUCUCCGACUGAUUCCAAAUCGAGGAAAGAAUCAGAGAGUAAGCCCUCUAAGUCUGAGAAAGUUAAAAACUCGGAUAAAUCCAAAAGCGAAGGCAAAUUGUCGACUCCAAAACAGAAAACGUCUAAAAAAUCGUCACGCGAUGAAAAGACCGAAUCUCGUCAUCGCAGCCCAGAUGAAAGUCGUAAGAGAAAAAAGUCUCGUCGGUCGUCUUCUUCCUCAGAUGAUGAAGAAAAAUCUUCACGUCGGUCAAAACCGGAUAAGGAAAAGAAGGAGAAGAAGGAAAAAUCCUCAAAACGUGAGAGUAAGAAAGAUGAUAAGUCAAAAAGUAAAGAAGAAAGAAAAUCUAAGAAAGAAGAUAAAACCUCUAAGAAAGAGAAGAUAAAAGAACUUAACAAGAAGAUAGAGAAAGCAACCAAGGAAGUCGAAAAGAAGACCAAAUCGUCAAAAAAGCGUCGCUCACCAUCCUCAUCCUCGUCUCGGAGUGGCUCAUCAUCAGAUAGGAAAACUAAAAAGAAGACAAAAACUCGAAAGAAGAAAGACAGCUCUUCAUCAUCAGACUACGGUUACAAGUACUCCUCUCCCUCGCCCGACAAGAAACACAAGACAAGGAAACGCUGAGUAAAGUAGAGUAUACUAGAGAUCAGAGACUAGUAAACAUAAUCAUAUAUUCGAAAUUGAUUUAAAGUUACACACGUUUUUAUUUAGUUGAGCUGCUGAGGUUGAUUCUUUGUCAAUAUUUUUGAUGUAUCUGUGAUGGUUGUUUGUUAAUUUUUAUUCAAUUUA